UCAGCUGUCACAAACAUGUUCACCAACCUGAAAAAACGAAAUCAUCAUUUGACAUUUCUAUUAAAAAUUGUGCUGUGGAAGUUACAUAAAAAGGAGAGAUGUUACGAUCCGCAUCUGUAUUGGUAAACAAAUCUCCAAAGCUCCUAGCCGCAGCUAGUGACAUGUCCCUAGCAAGGUUGGGAGGUGUUUUUGGACCGGCAGUGAACACUUCCAUGGUGCUCCGCUUCCAAAACACUAUGCCAACAGUUAACCCCGAAGAACCUUUACCAAAAAAAGGUUACUCUCCAUUCGGAACCAAACAAAGUAACAUGAGUGAAUGGGCUGUCGCCCGUCUCGACGAUUUACUCAAUUGGGGUCGCAAGGGCUCCAUCUGGCCAUUGACAUUCGGUUUGGCUUGUUGUGCCGUCGAAAUGAUGCACAUCGCCGCACCCCGUUACGACAUGGAUCGAUAUGGUGUUGUCUUUCGAGCAUCACCACGUCAGGCUGAUGUUAUUAUUGUUGCUGGUACUCUUACCAACAAAAUGGCACCGGCCUUGAGGAAGGUGUACGAUCAGAUGCCUGAACCACGUUGGGUUAUCUCGAUGGGAAGCUGUGCUAAUGGUGGUGGAUACUAUCACUAUUCGUACUCUGUUGUGCGUGGAUGCGACAGGAUUAUUCCAGUCGAUAUUUAUGUGCCCGGAUGUCCACCCACAGCUGAGGCGCUGAUGUAUGGAGUGUUGCAAUUGCAAAAGAAGGUCAAGCGUAUGAAGACUUUGCAAAUGUGGUACAGGAAGUAAAUUUAUUUAAAUGUUAUAAUCGAUAGAAAAUAAAACACGAUGUAAAGAGAA